AUGCCGCCAACCGCCCCCACCCUAGAGUUCAACUACGACAUCUCCUGCCCUUUCGCAUACAUAGCCUCCACACGCGUCCAAUCCCUUGCCCAACGCACGCAUGCAGAUUUAAUCUACAAACCCGUCCUGCUAGGCGCCAUCUACCGCGCAACAUCCGCGCCCCAAGGCGCCGGCGGCUCCGCCUCUGAUGUCUUCAACUCAGCGAAGAAGGCCGUUACAGCACAGGGUAUGCAGCGCACACUCCGCAGAUACAACAUCAGAUACAAUCCACCGCCACAGCACCCCCGCAAAACAGUCAAUGCACUACGUUUGUUGUACUGUGUGCAAGACCAGGAAAAGAGGAGAAAAGAGUUGGAAAAGAGUACCGAAGAAGCGAUUCAGAGGGGUGCUUUUGGUGUUCCAGGGUUCUGGAUCUCGGAUGCGGUGUGGACGGGGGCUUGUGGCGAGGAGAAGAAAGGGAGGUUCUUUUGGGGGCAGGAUCGUAUGCAUUUUGUUGAGGCGACGUUGGUUGCGCUUUCUUCUUCCGAGAAGGGGAAGCAGUGGAGUGAUGUCCCUGGACUCAAAAGUCUGAUGCCUCGCUGCGUGCCGAAGAACACUCCUCACGGACGUGUCAAGCUGGAGUUUUGGUUCGAUUUCAGCAGUCCGUGGGCGUUUUUGGGGUACACGCAACUGGAAAGACUGAAGAGUAACUUUGGUUCGGGACUGGAGGUUGUCAUGAAGCCAUUCCUACUCGGUAUCCUGUUUAGAGAGAUCGGCGCGCCGAAUCUACCAGGGUCGGCAGUUAGUCCUACGAAGGCGAAGUGGUCGAGACAAGAUCAUGCGGACUGGACGGAGUACUGGAAUGCUGUCAGUGCGCAGGAUGGCGGUCGACAGGUCAAGUUCCACUGGGCGGAUACGUUCCCUAUUCGGACGCCGACUGUGUUGAGGGUUGCUAUCGUGGAGCCGGAGACUACGAAAUUAUUGUUCGAAGCAUGCUGGUCCCACAACCAAAACGUCUCGGACGAUUCUGUCCUCCGCAGUGUUCUUGACCAAGGUGGUUUCAAUGGUGCUGACCUCAUCGCGCGCGCGAACGAGCCCGAUGUCAAAGCCAAACUACGGACUUUGACUGCAGAGGCAAAAGACCUGGGUCUUUGCGGCGUACCUACGUAUCGUGCGUUGAGGCAAACAGAUGCGGGCGAAUGGAAAGCAGUUGGCGGGUUGGUGUGGGGACAGGAUGAGAUCAAUGUUGUAGAGGACUUGAUUGCUGGGUGGAAUCCCGAGAGCUCGAAUGAGGUUGCCGAGGUGGCAAAGGUAGAGAAGGGCGCGAGUGCGAAGUUGUAA